AAGAACAUAAUAAAAAAUUGGGUGGAAAAUUGAAAAAACUCCCACCCUUUCAUAAUUUUUCUUCGUCUCUUUGUUGAGAGUUGAAGGCGUUUGAUUUUAAUCAAAUGACUGAGAAUGAGAGCGUCGACGCCACUGUGACUCCUCUCUCCUCUCUCUCUAUCUCUCUCUCUCUCUCUCUGCGUAAAACUAAGGAAAAGAAAAAGCACCCCUUUUGAGGAAGAGUUAUAGUUUUCCUCCUCGUUAUUUAAAAAAUUCGAUCUUUUCACCUUUUUUCUUCCAGUUCUUUGUCCAUUCUUUGAAAAUUACAGAGAGGGAUUCAUACCCUUCUGACAAGAAUCCGCAAGAUUGAUAAAUUUUCUCUGUUUUCAUUCUCUUCUGUUCUGUACAUAUACAUGUUCAAUUUUUUAUACAUAUAUGUGUACAUAUACAUUCGAAAGAGUUAGACCCAUCAAAGAACAAUACAAACAUUUCUGUUUUUUGAAUUUUUUUUGAAAAUUUGGGUUUCCGUUUGUUUUGUAUGAAUGGAGUCCGAUUGCAUUGAAACUGUGCCUCCAUCGGAUGUGAUGGAUGAGGAUGAGAUCCAAGGCCGUCCUCUUCAAUUUCUCACAGUUUCAAAGCCUCUGAGCAACGCCAACAGCAACUCCAGCACCACUAGUGUUCACGAGCUUCUUGAAUGCCCUGUAUGUACCAAUUCAAUGUACCCUCCAAUCCAUCAGUGUCAUAACGGCCAUACCCUAUGUUCCACCUGUAAAACAAUGGUUCACAAUCGAUGCCCUACUUGUAGGCAGGAGCUUGGUGACAUAAGGUGUCUAGCACUAGAGAAAGUGGCCGAGUCACUUGAGCUGCCCUGCAAAUACUGUUCUCUUGGGUGCUCGGAGAUAUUCCCCUACUACAGUAAACUCAAACACGAGUCUCUGUGUAAUUUCAGACCGUACAACUGCCCAUAUGCUGGAUCAGACUGCUCUGUUGUUGGCGAUAUACCAUUUCUUGUUGCUCACUUACGAGAUGAUCACAAGGUGGACAUGCACUCUGGCUGUACUUUUAACCAUCGCUAUGUUAAGUCUAACCCCCGUGAAGUAGAAAAUGCUACAUGGAUGUUAACUGUUUUCCACUGUUUUGGUCAGUACUUCUGUCUCCAUUUUGAAGCAUUCCAGCUUGAGAUGGCUCCUGUUUAUAUGGCAUUUCUACGAUUCAUGGGGGAUGAGACAGAAGCUCGAAAUUACAGCUACAGCCUUGAGGUUGGAGGAAAUGGGCGAAAGCUUAUUUGGGAGGGCAAUCCUAGAAGUAUAAGGGAUAGCCACAGGAAGGUCAGAGACAGCCAUGAUGGUCUCAUAAUACAGCGAAACAUGGCACUUUUCUUCUCCGGAGGAGAUAGGAAAGAACUGAAGCUGCGAGUUACUGGGAGGAUCUGGAAAGAACAGCAGAACCCUGAAGGUGGAACUUGUAUACCCCUCUGUAGUUAGGCUGGUUGAAUCUCCUCUGUCUCUUCCUCUCUACCCUAUCUCUCAUCUGUGUGGUGAAAACUAUGUGUUAUUAGUGGAUAUGGAAGUUGCAGGAUCAUUUUAUAAUACCUCAAUUUUUACAACUUAAA